AUGAAGGCUUUUACUAAUCUCUUAAUAGUUGUUGCUAUAGGAGUAGCUUUUGUUGCUUUCCAAUGGAGUGGACCCACCUUCGACUCAGAGUCUUUAAAGGGUGCACGGGUCCUGGUGACUGGUGCCAGUACGGGUAUAGGUGAACAAAUGGCAUAUCACCUUGCCGGCUUUGGUGCCCAGGUGGUUAUUACAGCCAGGAGGGAGAAAGUUCUACAGCAGGUAGUAGAGAAGUGCCAGGGUUUGGGGGCCCAGAAAGCUCUGUACGUAGCAGCAGACAUGGCCAAUCCUUCUGACCCAGAGAGAGUGGUGCAGUUUGCUGUGGACAAGCUGGGAGGACUGGACUACCUGGUGCUGAACCACAUAGGUUCCAGCCCAUUCGCCAUGUGGGACGGAGAUGUGGAGCACACUAGAUGGUUAAUGCAGGUAAAUUUCCUCAGCUAUCUGCAGAUGGCGAAGACUGCUCUGCCCACCCUUGAGCAGAGUAGUGGUUCCAUUGUGGUCGUCUCCUCCUUAUUAGGAAAAAUGUGCAGCCCAUUUAUGGCCCCCUACACAUCCACAAAGUUUGCCCUGAAUGGUUUCUUUGGGACGCUGCAGCAUGAGCUGGCCAUGCAGAGGAGCAACGUGUCCAUUACUAUCACCGUCCUGGCCCUGAUCGAUACGGACUCGGCUAUGGAGAAAGUCAAGGGGUUCACCAACAUCCCAGCCUGGCCGGCCAGUGAGGCAGCGCUUCACAUCAUCACUUCUGGAGCCACUCGUCAGACAGAGUCUUACUACCCCUGGUUCUGGUAUUAUGGCUCUCUCAUCAGAGACUGGUUCCCCUACUUAAGGGAUAUAUCUAUACGUAACUUUUAUAAAUAUUAAACAUAUGCUUGAAAUAUACGUUAUGAUGAGAGAAGAAAAAUCAAGAAAGCAUACAGUAU